GUACGCUUGGCUAUUGUUAUCAACAGAAUUUUGGCGCGAGCUGAGGGUACGCAAACUUGACUGGUACCAGGACUAGUUGUAAGUCACACGACAGAGCGAAGAGGAAGUGUGUGAUUCGCUUUCGCGAUCGCCGAGUUUUCUUUUUCCGGUGGAGUUGUUAUUCGUAUGGAAGACUGUAGCUUCGGCAGGGAUGUUUUAAAGUGGAAAAGUGCUCAAGCGCCAUUCACACGUGGUUUGAUCUCCAUUUGGAAGUAUGGAGUGUCCGAAGGAAGAGACGAUAGUCAAGCACACCUUGGGUUCGUCGCGGAGAAAUUGUACUUGCAAGAGUUUCGGCUUAAGCAUGUCGAAUCUUCUAUGCCUAUCAUUUUUGCUUAAUAUUGUUUUCGUUGUACUAUUCGUGGUUGUAUUUAUACAACUACAGACCUUACAAACGCGUUUAGAGAAAAUUGAAUCGUCUGUGGUCGAACAACCAACAAAAUUUGCCCCUCUACGAGGCAAUUUGAGUCAAUCGGCGCUUCCUGCCGAACCAACGAAUGUUACAUCUCCCCCGACUCUUCUGAAGAGCAUGCCGUCAAUCCACAUUUCGCGGAGGAGUACUUCGCACACAGAUCCAACGAGGCCAGCAUUUACCGAAGCAAGGAAAAAGAAUUGCAAAGUGAACAAAUGUACUCGUGAGUACUUAAAGAAAAUGGCCAAACGCGAAGUGCAUCAAUUUUUCGGCACCGAAACUCGGGCAAGAACGACAUUUUGUACUGCGUGUAAACUGCCACAAGGUAUGAGAGGCCCACCAGGAGAGCAGGGUCCCCAAGGGGAUCCAGGACCUCCAGGACCAAAGGGUGCAGAGGGACCUCAGGGAGGCCAUGGAAUUCCAGGUGUCCCAGGCCUUGCAGGAGGUCCAGGCCCCAAAGGUCAGAAAGGAGAACCAGGUCCAACAGGUGUUGGUGUUCCUGGGGAUAAGGGAGACAAAGGAGACACAGGAGACCAAGGGCCAGCAGGAAAAAGAGGGCCAACAGGUAAAAGGGGUGAACGUGGACCUCCAGGGGAGAAAGGGGACCCUGGUCCAAGGGGAGAAAAAGGCAGCACAGGCUCAUUAGAGUCAUCGCAGAGGCCAUCAGCACACUUGACAGGCUACACAAGACACACCCAGAAUUCUCCAAGAGCAGGAAUUAUAAGAAACUGGGAAGACGAUCAAGGUCAUGCGCACAAAAUAGGUGGAAUGCAAUACCAAGAUGGAGAACUGGUGAUCUCUAUGUCUGGAAGAUACUAUGUGUACAGCCAAUUGUACUUUCAAGUAGAAGAUGACAGACCACACCUGAUUCAUUAUGUACAUUUAAAUAGAACUGGCAACGCAGAGGUCAUUAUGCGUAGUGUGACAUCACGGUGUCGCGCCAAAAAGUCAAAAGUUUACCUGUACAGCAGCUAUCAAGGUGGAGUGUUUGAGUUGCAAAAUGGCGACCACAUCAUGGUUGGAGUGUCAGAAGAUAACACCCAGGCGAUAGCAAAGUAUGAGUCAGCAAGUUAUUUUGGAGCCUUCCUGAUAUGAAAAUUGGUAUGGAAAAAAAUUGAUUAUUAAUAGAUACUUGUUGUAUUAAUCUUACUUGUAAUUAUGCACUUGCCACACUCACUGCAAGGCUUAUGAGUUUCUCUCUGAAGUAAUACAUGUAUUUUAUCAUGCCCUCGAUUCUUCUUGUUAGAGUUGUCCAAUAUUAGAAUUAAUAAAAAUAACCAUCUGUAGUCCUACAGCUGCUUGGAGUUCUAGCAACAAAGAUCAGCGGUUCACUUUUUUUUUUUGCUUGUGGCAAAUGACACACUACAAAAGGAAGGUACCAGGUAAAACACUGUUCUGUUAUUUUUCAGAACUGAAUCUUUAACUUUCGUGAUUGACACUUGGGGAAGAAUUGACCAAGGUCAGGUAGAUAGACAUAUAAUAGGCUUUGUUGUGCUGCACUUUCACUUGCACCGUGCACUGUAAUACUAACCAAGAAGCACAUGACCAACCAUUUUGGGUUGCAAGUAAAACCGUAAGAUAUCCAAACUGGAAGGAAUAACCUUGGGUUAACUGGUAACAGUUGUUAUGUAUAUUUUAAAUGCGAUCCACUGCAUCAGUAAAGUUUCAGUAGCUCUGUUGAAUUGAUUAGUUUGUUAUCGUACAUCUGCCUUUCAAAAAAACAAGUGAACUCCAAAGGGAAAAAAGUCCAACUCUCAGGGUUUUCCUUAAGAAUCAGUCUAGGUUCUAACUACUGAGGAGGCACUGGAAAAAAUAAUGCACUUAACAUUCAAAUGAACUAACUAAUUUUAACUGUCCGUUAUUGAACAUUGGGUGGUGUAGUGCAAUUUUUCAAGAAUUCUAGUAAUUGUUUGAGUGGUUUUGUGGUUAUGGUUGUCCUGGUCAAGUUUUUUGCUAAGUACUGUCAGCUUUCACAUCUACCGAGAGUAGCCUGAUCAUAAUUGGCAAACCAACGUCCUAAAAUAUUGAAUUGAGACCAAUGUAUGAACUACAUGUACAACUUAGAGAAAUGUAUUGAAGGUAGAGGGUAGUUAAUUGUGAGAUCCCAGGAAUUAAAGCUUUAAACCGUACAAAAUUGUGCUGACGAAAAGCAAAGAUCACUGUAUUUCCCAGCAGGCUUCUUGUAGAGAGAGACCUGUGGAACAAGCCGCAACAUUAUAAUGCUGAAGAUGUGUUCCCAUCAAAAAGGAGAAACAAAAAACAAAAUCCAUGUGGUCAAUUUUCAAUGAGUUAUAUCAUUGGGUAGAUUGUGAUUCUGCAGUUAUUUGGUCAAGUUUGUUGGGCAAGGAUCAAAAGAUUGAAACUUUACUUGGUGCAGUGUUGAUCAGCAUUAAUUUUGCCACUUUUGUGACACAAUUGUUGCCUCUAUCAAGGGGCAGAUGUGUUGAUUAUCAAGUAAUCUUAAUUUAUUAACCGUAAUAACAUGCUAACAUUCACCGUACACGGUAGCCAUUUAUCAUAGAGUUUAGAUCAUUUUAACAUCGGUGUUUUCACUUCACGAAAUUGUUGAAUUUUUAUGUUUGUCACCUAAACUUGGAAUUAUGCAGUAUUUAGUGGACAGCUUCGGUUCUCAGCGUUGGUUACAGCAUACACUGUUUGUGGUUAAGCUUAUUUUGUAGGCAGAUCAAAAUUAGCAGAAUCAUUUUUAGGGUGCUGUGUAAUUCCACAGUUUUGACUCACUACUGCUGUUAGUUAACCUGCACUUGAUUCUGAAAUGAUUAAGUUGACGACGUAUGCUUCCAGUGUUAAAAGUUUUCUUAAAUAGAUAUUCAUUCAAGCUAUCUUUUUUGACAAUCACCCGUAGCCACAUCGUCUUCCUUCCGAGAGGAGGCAGGCCUUCAUUUUAGGUUUAAAUGCUCUUAAUGAUUUCAAUGAUCCAAGCUUUUUUCCAUCUUUCUUCCUCUUAGUAUGUGUUCACUUUUCCUUUUACAAUCAUAUCCUAGCUUAAUGGUAACGACACAGUGAUGCGUUCUACAGAUUCCUAGUGGCAAGUUAUCAAAAAAAAAGCCAAACAGACAAUGAAUUUGAUAUUCCAAUUAUUUUUAUAGACUUCUUUUGCCUAAGCGAACAUUCUAAUUUGUAUUAAUCAGACUUUUUUACUACAAAGGACCAGCCGACACACUUCAGUGUGAAGUUUAAUUAGGACUACUCAUUUUCUACGUGCUUUUUGUAAGAGACUUCUUUUUCUGUUGUUAUGGUUGUUUAUUUUUACCGUAUACUUAAUGCAUUAGUGCUGCAUUCUGUGAACAAAGUGGAUGACCUUCUUCCCAAUCUCAUGUUUUAGUAUCUCCGAUUCGUAAAGUACUAGUAUUUUUAACGUAAAUCUUUAAAUUAAAGCCUAGAAUUAAUUAAUUGAAAACAUUACUGUUCUUUAUAACAAAAAUACAACCCUUACAUAGAAUAAUUAUUUUUGUUACUUAUCUAGGUUAAACUCAGUAUUAAUAUCAACAUACACUCUUCGUAACAACAAGAGCUUGUUGAAGUACUAAUCAGUGUUUCUGUUUAUUAGACGUACUGUUUAAAUGGAAUUUUGAGUAGAAUUAUUUCUAAGAGUAAUCAAGAAAAGGUAAAACUAGAUGAGGUUUCAGUGAGGAAACCUUCAAUAUAUUUUAAUAGUGUAGAUAGUAGUUCCCCUUUAUUAAAAAAUGAAAGACAAACUGAGAUGUAGUUCCAGAUUUCCAGUGGCUUCUUCCUCCCCCUCCUCCUCUCUCCCCCUCCUCACUCUUACGUCUGACGAGAGGGGAUCAUCACAACGAAUGAGAGUUGUUAGACUGUUACCAUCGAAGCGUAUCGGAGAUUCUGGAGGAAGCCAGCUUGAUAUUGUAUCCGUCAAGGGGGUUUAAUUCAUUUUAAUUCAUCCUUUUAUCGAAUAUGCAGAAUACUGAAAUAGUAUUUUAGAAUCUAUACUUGAGAUCAGUCUUGAGUAGUUUCCUCUCUGGGUGUUGUUCAUCCAUGCAUAUCAACCCAGUUCUUAGCAAUUUACUAUUUUUAAACAAAUUUUGACAGUUAAGAUUCACUAGACCCAUUGGGAUGUAAUCAAAUUUUUCUAGUCAUUUUUUAAUAUGCAUUCCUUUGUAAAUUAUUUACAUUAGAGUGGGGAUUUUUGUACAAUAUUUUUGUAUUUUCAAUGUUGCGCAUGCAUAUUUUUGUACAGUGACUUUGUGUUUCCAAGAUAGGUUGUUAAGAAAGUCGCCAACAAAUGUUUUAUUGUGUUUAGAUAGAGGUGGACUGCUUUACUUCAAGCAGUACCAGUGUAUGGUUCUUGGGAACAGUCUCUAAGUGCUUUUAAUUCUUAAAAGCUCCUCAUAUAUCUGUUCUGUACUUUAUAUGUCGAGAUCAGAGGCCAUCACAGGCUGGAAUCCUAACUUUAAACUUCAUUUUUAAAAAAAUCUGCCUUAUGAAUCAACAUCUUUGCGGAAAAAUUUAUUCACACGAGAAAAGACAAAUAAGUUUUUUUUUUUUUUUUUUUUUUUUCCGCGUCGCGUUUUUCAAUUUAUCUUUAUAGUUUAUUUUCACGCCUGUGGUGAUUCUCUUUCUCGCAUCUUCCUUUCGUGAUGAUUGGAAGUUGGUACGAAGCAGAACUGCCAGCUUUAGUUUGCCUUAUGAGUCGAAAAUGAAAUAUACUUGGGCUCGGAUAGUCUUGUAUUACAAAGCUGGUAAUAAAAUGUUGUAUUAUUAUUGA